ACACAACGAGUGAAUAUGUUGCUUGCCUGCGACAUGGAAAACCCCGGCGCUGCUUUUCUCAUCCCGACACCAGGGCUGCUGCAGCAGGACUACCAGAAAGUGGAGACCUCUAGCCCUCUGGCACACCACGAGACAACAACUCGUUUACCUAAGGCGCACGAGCUUGAGAAAAACGAGACCGCCUUGCAGUAUGAGCUGGUGCCAGGGGAAAUCAUAGCAGCCAGUCUGCUUUUUGGAGCUUUGUGGCUGCUUUCCAUCUUUGGAAACUCCCUCGUUUGCCUGGUGAUCCACAGGAGCCGAAGGACCCAGUCUACCACGAACUACUUUGUGGUCUCCAUGGCCUGCGCGGACUUACUCCUCAGCGUGGGGAGCACCCCACUGGUGCUUCUGCAGUUAGCCUCUGGCAGAUGGACCCUCGGGAGCAUGAUGUGCAAGCUAGUCAGGUAUCUCCAGUACCUCACCCCUGGUGUCCAGAUCUACGUACUGCUCUCCAUUUGCGUGGACAGAUUCUACACCAUCGUCUACCCUCUCAGCUUCAAGGUGUCUCGGGAAAAAGCCAAGAAAAUGAUUGCAGUCUCUUGGCUCUUUGAUGCCGCACUGGUGUCUCCGGUGUUCUUCUUUUAUGGGUCAGGACGGGAUAACAGUUGCAACUUCUUCCCCCCGCAUUCAUGGGAUGGGGCUGUUUACAGCAUCAUCCAUUUUUUACUGGCUUUCCUGAUCCCAUCUGUCUUCAUCAUUCUCUUCUACCAAAAAGUCAUCAAGUACAUUUGGAGGAUAGGCACAGACGGCAGGACGGUCCGGAGGACAAUGAACAUUGUUCCGAGGACUAAAGUGAAAACCGUUAAGAUGUUCCUCUUGUUAAAUUUGCUUUUUCUGCUCUCGUGGCUCCCUUUUUACGUGGCUCAACUUUGGCACCCGUAUGAGACAGAUUACAGGAAGAGCUCUUUGGUUUUUAUGUCGGUCACUUGGAUUUCCUUUAGCUCCUCAGCCUCAAAACCUACCUUGUACUCUGUGUACAACGCAAACUUCAGGAGGGGCAUGAAGGAGACCUUCUGCAUGUCCUCCAUGAAAUGCUACCGCAGCAAUGCCUACACCAUCACCACCAGCUCAAGGAUGGCCAAAAGAAAUUACGUGGGGAUCUCAGAAAUCCCCGCCCCAGUCAAAACGAUUUCUAAAGACUCAGUAUAUGAUUCCUUUGACAGAGAAGCUAAAGAGAAGAAACUUGCCUGGCCCAUUAAUUCAAACCCACCCAAUACAUUUGUCUAAUUCGUUGGGGUCUUUUC